AGCGCGGGACCCGCCCCCCGCGCUCGGCGGGUGCGUCGGCCGCCCCGGCGCGGCUGUUAUGGAAACCGGCCGGGCGCGCAGGAGGCGAUAAUGGGGCGGCCAUGGCCCGGGCCGGCAGCUCCAGCGGCGACGCGGCCGCGGGGGAGCGGGCCGGGGGCGCGGGGCGGCCGGAGCCGUGGGAGCUGUCCCUGGAGGAGGUGCUGAAGGCAUACGAACAGCCCAUCAACGAAGAGCAGGCGUGGGCCGUGUGCUUCCAGGGCUGCCGCGGGCUGCGGGGCGCGCCGGGCGGCGGGCGGCGCAUCCGGGACACGGCCGACAUCCUCCUGCGCCGGGACGGCUCGGUCAGCGCGCGGCGGGAGCCAGGGGCCGCGGAGUCCACAACGAUGGUGUUGUCACCAGCCAGCUCAGAAGCCCAGAUGGUGCAGUCCCUGGGCUUUGCCAUUUACCGCGCGCUGGACUGGGGCCUGGACGACAGCCAGGAGCGAGAGCUGAGCCCACAGCUGGAGCGGCUCAUCGACCUCAUGGCCAACAACGACUGUGAGGACGGCGGCUGCGGGGCUGCGGAUGAAGGCUACGGGGGCCCGGAGGAGGAAGAGGAGGCGGAGGGCGGCCCCCGCGCCGUGCGCACCUUCGCCCAGGCCAUGCGGCUCUGUGCGGCGCGCCUGACGGACCCGCGGGGCGCCCAGGCGCACUACCAGGCCGUGUGCCGCGCCCUCUUCGUGGAGACGCUGGAGCUGCGGGCCUUCCUGGCCAGGGUCCGCGAGGCCAAGGAGAUGCUGCAGAAGCUUCGGGAUGAUGAACUGCAGGUAGAGAAGCCUCUGGCGGAGCUUGACAACCUGGGACACACAGACUGGGCCCGGCUGUGGGUCCAGCUCAUGCGGGAGCUCCGCCAUGGAGUGAAGCUUAAGAAGGUGCAGGAGCGAGAGUUCAACCCCUUGCCCACCGAGUUCCAGCUCACCCCCUUCGAGAUGUUGAUGCAGGACAUCCGCGCCAGGAACUAUAAGCUGCGCAAGGUCAUGGUCGAUGGAGAUAUCCCUCCCAGGGUGAAGAAGGAUGCCCAUGAACUCAUCCUGGACUUCAUCCGCUCCCGGCCUCCGCUGAAACAGGUCUCAGAGAGAAGGCUUCGCCCCUUACCCCAAAAGCAGAGGACCCUGCAUGAGAAGAUCCUGGAGGAGAUCAAGCAGGAGCGGAGGCUGCGCCCGGUGGGGGCCGAGCGCUGGCGUGGCCGGGGGUUUGGCUCUCUGCCCUGCAUCCUCAAUGCCUGUUCUGGGGACACCAAGUCCCCUUCCUGCAUCAACCUGUCUGUCAUGGACGCCGGGAACAACACCCAACGCCCACGGCCCCGGGUCCUGCUCAAGGCGCCCACCUUGGCUGAGAUGGAGGAGAUGAACACAUCUGAGGAGGAAGAGUCUCCGUGUGGGGAGGUGACACUGAAGCGGGACCGCUCUUUCUCGGAGCAUGACCUGGUCCAGCUCCGGAGCGAAGUGGCCUCUGGCCUGCAGCCAGGCACUCAGCCCCAAGGAGGGUUGGAAUCAUCCCGGCCCCGCACGGGCAGCAUGCACACCUGGAGGCCAAGCACCCAGGAGCAGGGUUCCUUCCCUGUAAGUGUCCAGGUCCAGCCUGACCCUAGCUCUCUACCACACAGUGACCUGGGCUCAGCAGAGGACCGGCCGGAGGCUUCUGCAGCCCCAGACACCAAUCAUCUGUGGCUGGAGUUCAGCCACCCCGCGGAGAGCCUUGCUCUGACCGUGGAGGAAGUGAUGGAUGUGCGCCGUGUGCUGGUAAAGGCUGAGAUGGAGAAGUUCCUGCAGAACAAGGAGCUCGUCAGCAGUCUCAGGAAGGGGAAGAUUUGUUGCUGUUGCCGAGCCAAGUUCCCGCUGUUCUCCUGGCCACCCACCUGUCUCUUUUGCAAGAGGUCACAGCCCAGAGGCCACUCAGCUCCUUGACUGGAGGCAGUAAAGCUCAGAAGCCAGAGGGACCAAGGCAGCCAGAGGUCUUAGUGCAGAUUUCCAGCCGGGGGAGAGCUGUCCCCAGGGCAAGCCUCGGGCCUGCAGGAGAUUGUCCUGGAGUGUUCAGUAGGGGACCAAUCAGCACAUACAAGGAAAGGAAGCUCCUGAAGGCUGGGAAAGAAUCAUCCUGAAGCAGGUACUGGCAGACUCUGGCCCCCAGGCCAAAUCUGGCCUACUACUUGCCUUGUGAAUAAAGUUUUAUUGGAACAAAGCCACACCCAUUUGUUUAUUAUUCAUUUAGCCAUAUCCAAAAUGUUUGCUCUGUGACCCUUUACAGAAAAAGUGUACUGACCCUGUGCUAAAGCUUUCAAGGAACAGUACUAGGAAUAGUGUGUGUUCCCACCAGCCAUGGUGGAAAUGUUGUAAUUCACGAACCAUUGAAGGUCUUGUUCCACUAGUGGGGAAUAAGUGCCCCCAGACUGAGCAUUGUUCCAGACCUAAAAGUUCAUAAAAGCAAGACUUGGAAAUAGUUUGGAAAGGACCAAACUAUUCCUAACUAUCUUAUCCAGCACUCAGCAAGAGAAAAUGUCUAGCAUCCAAUCAAAGAUUAUCAGGCAUGUCAAGAAGCAAGAAAAUACGACCCAUGAUAGAAAAAUCAGUCAAAAUCGCCCAGAACUGGGGCACCUGGGUGGCUCAGUUGGUUGAGCAUCCGACUCUUGAUUUCAGCUCAGGUUGUGAUCUCACAGUUUAUGGGAUCCAGCCCUGCACUGGGCUCCGUGCUGAGUGUGGAGCUUGGUUGGGAUUCUCUCUCUCCCCCGCUGCCCCUCCCUUCCUUGCUCACAUGCACGUAUAUGCUCACUCUCUCUCACUAUUUAAAAAAAAAAAAAAAAAAAGAGAGAAAAGAAAAAAGAAAGACUCCCGGAACUGACACAGACAUUCGAAUUAGCAGUUCUGAAGUUCUAAACUAUUUCAUAUGUUCAAAAAGUUAGAGGCAUGAAAGAUAAAAAGACACAAAGUUCUAGACCUGGAACUAGAAUGUUUGGAUGAAUGUUUGGAAUUACACUGGAUUGAACAUCCAGAAGAAUGUGCAGAAGAAAACAUUAGUGAACUCAAAGACCAAGCAAUAGAAACCACCUAAAAUGAAAACACUGAGAGAAAAUGUUAUUUUUUUUUUAGAAUGUUUAAAAAGUUUUACUUAUUUAAGUAAUCUCUACACCCAACGUGGGGCUCAAACUCACGACCUCAAGAUCAAGAGUCCCAUCCUUUAACGACUGAGCCAGCCAGGCGCUCCAGAGAAAAAAUAACUUAAAAAGUGAAAAUGGUCUCAGUGACCUGUGGGUUAAUGUUAAGCCUAAUAUAGAUGUAAUUAAAGUCCCCAAAGAAAAAGGGGGGGGGGGGGACAGAAAAAGUAUUUGAAGAAAUAAUAGCUUAAAAAGUUUUCCAAAUUUGAUGAAAAAUAUAAACUUACAAGAAACUUAAUCCCAAGCAUGAGAAACAUGAAUAAAAUCAUAUCAAGCCAUAUAUUAAUCAAAUUGAUUAAAAACCAGUAAUAAAGAGAAUUUCUUAAAAUCAGCCAGCAAAUAAAGACUUCUCACUGAGAUAACGUGAGCAAGAGGAGAGUAAACCAGCGUUUCUGAUGGACUGAAAAACUGUCAAUCUAAAACCCUAAACCAAGAAAGAGUAUGCUUCAAAGAUAAAGACAAGGGACACCUGGGUGGCUCAGGUGGUUGUCUGACUCUUCAUUUUAGCUCAGGUCUUGAGAUGGAACCCAGCACGCUCAGCCUGGAGCCUGUUUGAGAUUCUCUCUCCCUCUCCCUCUCUCUGCAGCACACAAGUGCGCGCGCUCUCUCUCUCUCUCUCUCUCUCUCUCUCUCUCUCUCUCUCUCUCUC